AUGAACCCCGCCACGCUGUCAUCGGUUGGCUUCGAUUUCGGAGCCUCUGGCAGUCAACCGGAGGCUAAUGAUCACUUACAGCGGUUGGCUGCCAUGACCCAAGGAGUAGGCAAAGACGAUCACGAUCAAACAGCAGCUCCAUCCACUGAUGCUGCCCUUUAUACAGGGGCAGCUGCUUAUAUGCCCGGUUACGCUGGUUGGCCUAACUACUACCAGCAGUUCGGUCAACCGUUAGCCCCUGCCACAUUUUCUGCAUGGCCACCACAAUGUUACGCAGCUCCACACUGGCCCAACUAUGCGGCGUCGAAGAAAGGCAGACAGACGUAUCAGCGGUACCAGACUAGUGUGCUCGAGCAAAAGUUCCAACAGUCGAGCUAUGUGAGCAAGAAGCAGCGCGAAGAGUUGCGACUGCAGACGAACCUUACUGACCGCCAGAUCAAGAUCUGGUUCCAGAAUAGGAGGAUGAAGGCAAAGAAGGAAAAGCAACGGAUAGACGACCACGGCGAGCAUGCACCGCUGCUACCCGCCAACCCUCCAAAAACCCUGCUAGACGACGACGACAAGAAAUGGCAUAUGGGUGGUGUUACGGACGCGUGCAAGAAACGAGGACGGCAGACUUAUACGAGGCAGCAAACGCUAGAACUCGAGAAGGAGUUCCACUACAAUAAGUACCUCACUAGAAGACGACGGAUUGAGUUAAACCGAAGUCUGGGUCUGUCUGAGCGCCAAAUAAAGAUCUGGUUUCAAAAUCGGCGAAUGAAGCAAAAGAAGGAAAGUAAAUCGCAAAUUGAACAUCGUAGCGAAUGUGGAUAG